CAGUGCCUUGAGCCUUCACUGAAGUCGGCUGUGUAAUGUUUUAGUAGUGCUAAUAAUACCAUCUACAUCAUUCCCUUUAAAAUUCAUGUAACAUUUUGUGAUGACCUUUUUUGAUUCUACACAUAUGGUUCAUGUAUCGAGUGGGCUUAAAUGAUAUGUUUUGUCACGGAAUUAGAUUAGAGGGAAAGGAAAUUGCCUCUUCGGCAUAGGAAAUAUGUGCAGGGCACUUUGAUGUUGCGAGAAACUGCGAGAAAGCGCGAGAAUUUACGUGCUUUGUGGAGAAAUUGAUUGCCGUUCAGAAGUGAUACAUUUUGGGUUAUCCUGUACCGUUACAUUGUCCGGAGUUCAAAAGAAAAUGGACGAGUACGACUGCGUUUUUGUGUCAUAACUGAAAGUUGUUGAUGAAAUAAUAAUAAGAUAAUACCAGUCGUUGGAGAUAAUACUAAAUGAGAAAGAAAUCAACAAACUCUACACCAAUUACUCAAUUCAGGCUGAAAAGUACUUUGAGAACGUUUUGGGAAUUAACAACAGAAUAUCCAUCGACACUGUCAGACAGUUACGCAUGGUACAUGUAGUCGUCAAAACUGUGUCGAAACCUGGCCCUGCUACAGUAAACGCGUAUUACAGCCCAGUCUCAAACAGAAUAGUGUUUCCAGCUGGUAUCCUGCAAAAGCCAUUUUACGGGAAAUCUCAGCCAAAGUCGAUGAAUUACGGCGGAAUAGGCAUGAUCAUUGGACAUGAAAUCACACACGGAUUCGAUGAUAUAGGCCGUCAGUACGACAAGGACGGUAACCUGGAACAAUGGUGGUCUGACGACGCUAUCACAAGGUUUAAGGCCAAAGCUCAAUGUAUCAUUAAUCAGUACGGUAACUUCUCGCUUCCAGAGGCGGACGGAAUGAACCUAAAUGGCAUCAACACACAAGGGGAGAAUAUUGCUGAUAAUGGUGGCCUAAAACAGAGCUACAGAGCCUACCGUGACUGGAUCAAGCAGAGAGGGCGGGAAGAAUCACAACUGCCCGGUGUCAGUUACAACGAUAAUCAGCUGUUCUUCAUCAACUUCGCACAGAUCUGGUGUGCUAGCAUGCGCAGAGAAAACGCCAUCAAUCGAAUCCUCACAGGAGUACACAGUCCCGGGCGAUUUAGGGUCAUUGGAACAUUACAAAAUUCUCCCGAGUUUGCUGAAGCCUUCAGCUGCCCUAAAGGCAGUUACAUGAACCCUAAUAAGAAGUGUGGAGUCUGGUGAAUAUUGUAUUUUGAUUGAUUAAAAUCAAUAUGUUAAAAAUUUACUGAUGAAUGUUGAUGACAAUAUAUAUGUGCCAUUUAUAUCAAACACUUAUUUUAGU